AUGGCAGCCCCUCCUCCCCCGGACCCCGUGGUGUCCCACACCAUCACCGGCGCCGCCCUCUCCCAAAACGUCACCUCCAACAAACAAGUCCGCGCCACCAUCAAAGCGCACAAAACCCUCCUCAAAAGCCCGCAGGCCCGCUCAAUCCCCUGUGGGAGUGAGGCUGAGGAGGAUGAAGCUGAUUGGGAGGGGAGCGGAGAUAUCACGGAGCCUGAGCGGUGGCCUCAGAGCGUUCCUGAGUCGGAGGAGAAUCAACCUGUCGUCUAUAGACCUUACUCCCGGCUGGGACGCGGAGUGCCACGUAGGAUACGCCCUAUGACACCGAUUGACGAAUAG